AUGGCCACCGGCGCACGUGUCGCUGUUUCCCAAAUACUGCGCAAUAAAGACGAUGUUGUGGACGAAGAGGAUGAACCUAAGAAGAAAUCCAGAGAAGACUGGAGGAAGGCUAAAGAGUUAGAAGAGGCUCGGAAAGCUGGUACAGCACCGGCUGCUGUUGACGAGACAGGCAAGGACAUAAAUCCCCACAUUCCGCAGUACAUAUCUUCAGCACCAUGGUACUAUGGUACCUCCGGCCCAACCUUGAAACAUCAAAGACCGCAGGAAGAUACUGAGGCACAAUUCACCAAACUUGACACAUACUAUAAAAAAGGUGUUGACACUACAAAAGUUGCCACUAAAUUUAGAAAGGGGGCCUGUGAGAAUUGUGGUGCCAUGACACACAAAAAGAAGGAUUGCUUAGACAGACCGCGGAAGAUUGGAGCAAAAUUCACAAAUGCUGGUAUUGCAGCAGAUGAAUUUGCUCAACCAAAUUUAACCCUAAGUUAUGAUGGAAAGAGAGAUCGAUGGAAUGGCUAUGAUCCAUCACAACACAAAGCUAUUAUUGAGGAGUAUCAGAAAGUUGAGGAUGCUAAACGAGAACUCAGAGCUAAGAAUUUGGAAGAAGAUCCAACAGCAACUGAAGACGAUGACAACGCUGAGGAAGAUGAGGACAAAUAUGUAGAUGAAGUAGACAUGCCUGGUACUAAAGUAGAUUCAAAACAACGUAUCACAGUGCGUAACUUGCGUAUCAGAGAAGACACAGCCAAGUACUUGCGCAAUCUGGAUCCGAACUCAGCAUACUAUGAUCCUAAGACGCGCUCCAUGAGGGAUAAUCCAAACCCGAGCGCCGCUGAGUCGGACUACCUGGGCGAGAACUUCGCGCGGUUCAGCGGCGACACCGUCGCGCACGGCGCGGCGCAGGUGUUCGCGUGGGAGGCGCAGGCGCGCGGCCUCGACGUGCACCUGCUGGCCGAGCCCACCAAGCUGCAGCUGCUGCAGCGCCAGUACCGCGACAAGAAGGACCACUUCAAGACGCAGGUGAAGCAAUCGGUCUUAGAGAAGUAUGGUGGCGAGGAACAUUUAGCGGUGCCCCCCAAGGAGUUGUUGCUGGCGCAAACAGAAGUGUUUACACGUUACAACAGAGACGGCACCAUAGUCCAAGGGCCUGAGAAACAACUGGCUAAGAGUAAAUAUGAGGAAGAUGUAUUGAUAAACAACCAUACGUCUGUAUGGGGUUCGUAUUGGAAGGAUGGACAAUGGGGCUAUAAAUGCUGUCACUCAUUUAUAAAGAUGUCAUAUUGUGUGGGUGAGGCGGGCAAGGGUGUUGUGUUAGAAGUACCUGAAGAAAAGCCCACAGCUGCAGCUUCUCACGAACGUAUAGAAAAGAAAGAAAAAGAGAAAGAAAAAUCAUCUUCUUCAUCAUCCUCGAGUUCGGAAAGCAGCUCUUCUGAUUCAGAGAAGGAAAUCAGGUCUAAAACAGAAAAGACUAGUAAGAAGAAGAAAAACAAAAAGAAAGCAAAGAAAAAGAAGAAGAAGGAUCUCAAGAAGGAGAAACGGGAAGAAGAUAAGUUGAAAGAGGCAUUAAAAAUGGAAGAACGAAGUCAAAAGCGAGCGGACUACUUGCUUUCGAUGGAUGAAAGAAAACGUCCAUACAACAGUAUGUUUGAAGUUAAAGCCCCCACGGAAGAGGAAUUGGAGGCUUACAAGAUGAAGAAGCGUCGUGAAGAAGAUCCUAUGAGUCAAUUUUUAUGA